AUGUUCGUGUCUUGUCUAUGCUCCAUGCUGAUCUUCUUCCCCGUGGUUCUACUGUUUGUCCUGUGGUCGUUCUACCCUCUCUCCACGUGGCUGCUGGCUGUCUCUGCCUUCUCCAUUCAGGUUAUAGUGAAGACUCUGGUCUCACUGCUCAUUUAUGCCUUGUUCCUUGUAGAUGCAUACCGUAGUACUUUCUGGGAGAAACUAGAUGAUUAUGUUUACUACAUCCGGGCUUUUGGUAACAGUGUAGAGUUUGUAUUUGGAAUCCUCCUGUUCUUCAAUGGUGCUUGGAUAUAUGUGUUUGAAUCUGGAGGUUCAAUUCGUGCCUUCAUGAUGUGCAUCCACGCAUACUUCAACAUAUGGUGCGAAGCAAGAAAUGGCUGGACUGUCUUCAUGAAGCGUCGCACAGCUGUCAACAAGAUCAAUUCUCUACCAGAGGCUACACAGGAGCAGUUGGAGAAUCAUGAUGAUGUGUGCGCAAUAUGCUUCCAGGGGUUGCACAGUGCCAAGAUAACCAAGUGCAAUCACUACUUCCAUAGUGUCUGUCUGCGGAAAUGGUUGUAUGUGCAGGACUCUUGUCCUUUGUGUCAUGAGACGUUGUAUAGAACUGAAGAAAAGGAUGGCUUGAGGGGGGAAGGAGAGGGGAACCAAAGGGGAAAUGAGGAGACAGAAAGGGCCCCAGAGCAAGAUAUCCGUGGGCACCAGCGUGAUGAAAAUGUCGACACUGAGGAACUACCAGUAUGGGGUGAGCGUGAGAUUGAUGUUAUACUGGGGGAAAAUAUGAAUGGUGGAAACAGGGAGGUUGUGAUAGAUAAUGAGGUGGGAGAGGCUGUUAUCUCCCUCCCUGUGGCAAGGCCCUGCCAGAACCAACAGGAAGGGGAAAACAACCAGAAUCUGCAAAACCCAGAGGAAGAUCGUGAAGGUGUUCAAGAGGAAGAGGGCAUAGGGAGGGUUAACAAUCCCAAUGAAAAUAACCAAAUAUUUGUGAUUAGAUCACGUAGAAGUCCAGUGGUUGAUCAGGACAUAGGACAACAGUGA